AUGGAAUGGGACGGACUCGAGGUGCCCAUGCGUUUGCGCGUAAACUUAGCUAGUGAAAGAUAUGUCUACGAAUCCCCUGCUAGCGUACAGGCAGCGAAGAAACGGAUGGUUCAGAUCUUGGACGCCAAGUAUGCCAAGGUCAACUUGGAUAGCUGCAUCCCUGACCAUCUCGACUCCAACCAGCAACACGCACUUCGCAAGCUUCUCGAGUUGUUCGACGAUCUGAACGAAGCAGGGCUCGGAAAAAAUUAUUCCGUACCAAUACUGUGGACGGUUCAGUCAAUCGCCGACGAUCCCAUAACCGUAGUUGGAUGGCUCAGAGCUUCACAACGCUUAGCCAUCUAG